AUUGAGUUUAUAAAAAUAUGGGGCAUGAAUACGUGUAAACGUGACUAAUGUAUUGAUCUCCCGCAGGGAUUCGCGUUGACUGCCCAGAGUCCGCGAAUAUUUUUCCAAAAAUUUCGUACAAUAUUAAGACCUGAGACCCGACAAUGGCACAAACACUUACUUUCGGUGACUCAUGCGCCCCGAUAACUUGCCAUGCAUGGAACAAGGAGAGAAAUCAAAUUGCAUUCUCACCAAACAAUAAUGAAGUCCAUAUAUACCAAAAGGAUGGCGGCGAAUGGAAGCAAACCAACAAUUUAGUGGAACAUGACAUGAGGGUGAUGGGAAUAGAUUGGGCUCCCAACACCAACAGGAUUGUGACUUGCUCCGUGGACCGUAAUGCCUACGUUUGGACCCAAGCCGAGGAUGGCAAAUGGAAUACCACUCUGGUGCUACUUCGCAUUAACCGAGCCGCCACUUGUGUAAAAUGGUCUCCAAUGGAAAAUAAGUUUGCCGUUGGCUCAGGAGCCCGGUUGAUAUCAAUUUGCUAUUUCGAAAAGGAGAACAACUGGUGGGUGUCAAAGCACAUCAAAAAGCCAAUCCGUUCAACAGUGACUUCCCUGGACUGGCAUCCUAAUAAUAUUCUCCUGGUGGCUGGAUCAUCAGAUUUUAAAGUUCGUGUUUUCUCUGCAUAUAUUAAGGAUAUUGAAGACCAACCUGGACCCAAUGUGUGGGGCUCGAAACUGCCUUUGGGGCAGCUUCUUGCCGAGUUUAGGUCAUCUGGUGGUGGCUGGGUCCAUGGAGUUUCUUUUUCUGCUGAUGGCAAUAAGGUCGCCUGGGUCGGACACGACAGUGCUAUCAACAUAGCCGAUGCCACCCAAGGGAAGGCUAUCAUAAAACUUAAGACUGAGUAUCUGCCAUUUUUAGAUUGUAUAUGGAUUUCCAAUAACUCUCUUAUUGUAGCAGGUCAUAGUUGCAUUCCAUUACUGUAUACCCACAACGGCAAUGAGAUUAAGUUUGUGGCCAAACUGGAUAAUACUCAGAGGAAGGAGUCAGGAGGAUUGUCUGCCAUGAAGAAGUUCCAAUCGUUGGACCGUCAAGCUCGUAUUGAGACUAACGACACAUUUCUUGAUUCUAUCCACCAGAAUGCCAUAACAUGUAUUCGUAUUUUCAAAGGCUCGAAAGCGAGUGCCUCCAAGUUUAGUACGUCGGGCCUGGAUGGACAGCUAGUCAUUUGGGACAAUGAACUCCUGGAAAAGAGUUUCAAUGGGCUCAAGAUUUAAAUAGCAUCGUAAUCAUUACUACAAUGCUCAUUAAAACAAAACUGCACAUGAAUGUAUUAUUGCAUUUAUUUUAUAAGGAAUAAUAAUAAUUAUAAUAAGCGUGAGAACUCUGAAAUCACUCUAAGAAAAUGUAAUGAAAAAAUGUAAAGAAAAUCUGUGAAACAGUCACAAUCACAGUUUGUUCAGUCAAGCAGGAACAGAAAUAGAAAAGCGGGUGAUGUGAGUGAGUUCGGCUCCCAUGCUGUAAGAACUUUCAAAUAUACAGAAUAAACUAUAAUUUAUAGAUACAA